AAAAUGAGUUCUAUUAGUGAUAAGGAAAGAAAAAUUAUAUUAGAAUUUUGUCACUUAUUGGAGAAAUCCAAAGUAUUAUUUAAUGGUUUAAGAGAACUAACACCUUACGGAAACACGCAAUGGCAAGACCAUUUCGGACGAACAUUUGACAUUUAUGCAAAGUUGUGGAAAUUUCAACAACAGUAUCGUCCGAUUUUGGAUCUAAGAUACGGCUUAAAACGAUGGCAAAUUGGUGAAAUAGCAUCUAAAAUUGGACAACUAUAUUAUCAUUUUUACUUACGAACAAGUGAAAUCGCUUACUUAGUCGAAGCCUUUUCCUUCUACCUAGCCAUUCGUGGAAGGCAAUAUUACAAUCUGGCGAGCAAAGAGGCAAAAUCGGAGCUGAUGGUAAAAAAACUACGUUACUAUGCAAGAUUUAUUGUUGUGGCUAUACUUUUGAGGCAAUCGGAGAUAAUUAAUGAACUUGUAGUAGAACUAGAAAAGCAAAUUGAUGCUUAUGGACAGACAUACGAUCCAAAUGAUCAAGAAGAAUGGCUAAAUGUUUUAGAAGAAGUAAGAACGUUUCUAAACGCGGAUCCAGGUCUAACAAUUUUAGACCCAGAUAAUAAUAACAGAAUUGUUACCUUAAGUGGUCGUCUCAGCCGUCACACGAUUCCAUCAAUUGAACGAAGUCACCAAAUGAAUUUUAAAUUACAAGACGCUAUUAUAAUAGGCAGUGGGACUCAACUUGUAAAAUUCUCAGAGUUAACCAUUGAUAUGUUCCGUAUGCUACAAAAUUUGGAAUGGGAGAUCGAUGCUCCUAUCAUACAUCCACCCGUCGAUUCUCCGCACGCUUCUGGUGAAUCCUCAAGGACUCCCAAACGCUUAGGUGUUUCGUCCGUCGGUGGAAAUGUUAAUCCACAUAAAUAUUUGCUGUUCAAACCAUCCGCAUGUCAAGUUCUUACAUACAUAGCUAGCACUAUCAACGAACUACCACAAAAAGGCGUGUUACUUAUUUUCAUAUCAGCUGACGGUUACUAUCCUCAACAUAAUACCCACCUAGAAAUCUAUAACUACGAAGUCGGAGGCUUAAUAACAUCAUCCAAAUCGGAUAUAUACAGAGAAACGAAUUCUGCUUACAGUACAUAUAAAAAUAGGCACAUUCUAUAUCCGGGAGAUUUACAACCUUUUACCAGAAAACCAUUAUUUAUUAUAGUGGACUCAGACAAUUCCCACGCGUUUAAGCAAAUUUCCAGGACAUUUGGAUUACCGCUCUUAGUGCUGAUGUCACCGUUGACAUUACCUACCACCUUAAGAGAUCGUAGUAAUCAGGGGAGCCUGUUUACAUUAUUCCUGCACAACUCCAUAGCCGGAUUAUGUAAUUCCUGCGACGUUUACACAAUCAAUUUGGAAACGUGGGAGAAAUGUUCACGUUUGCGUGAUGUUUUUAUGAAAGAAGCCAUACGAUUGCUAAUGAGGACAACAGUAGAUUCAACCUAUCACGAAUACUUUGGUUGUGAAUUUUUACGACUCAUGAUACUGCGUUAUAUUUUCUGCGACUGCACUAUGCGUAUGCAUCGAGCAUUUCGAGCAAGAAAAAAUUUACCGCGUGCCAGCCCAUCAUUACCUACCGAACUUAUCGAACACCGUGACUUGAAAGCUAUUAUUUACGAUAUAGCCACUUGUCUUGGGGUCCGGAAUUACUUCUACGAGCCAACAACACCUGGACCGGCGCACAGAGAUUAA